UAUAUAAGUGAUAUUAGCCUGCGCGGUUUUUUUUAAUAUAUAAUCAUAUCUACUGUAAAGUCAAAAUUAUUAGGCCGCCUUGUACCAGUAUUACGGUAAUAUGGGUUGUCUAUUGCAGUUAUUACGGUAUUAAUUUGCAGCAAAAUGGCAGCGCACUGUGUUUGACACUGUAUGUGAUGUUCACUGUGAUAUCAACAAAUAAUCUUAUUUAAAUAGGAUAAAUCGCAUCAAGAGCUACAGCACCCAUGUUUGUAAAGAGACUGCAUGUGCUACGCAAGGCUUUAUCAACUUGCUCCAUUCCGGUUGCUGAAGUCCACACUCAACAUUAUGACGUCAUCGUGGUGGGUGGGGGUCAUGCCGGGACUGAAGGAGCAGCCGCAGCCAGCAGAGUUGGGGCAAAGACACUGCUAAUCACACAGAAAAUACAAACUAUUGGGGCGCUUUCAUGUAACCCAUCUCUGGGAGGUGUGGGGAAAGGUCAUCUGGUAAAGGAGAUCGAUGCUCUGGAUGGUGUGAUGGGACGGGCAGGUGACUGGGCUGGCAUUCACUUCUCCAUUCUUAACCGUAGUAAGGGGCCUGCAGUAUGGGGCCCCAGGGCUCAGCUCGACCGUGGACGCUACAGAGACUUUAUACAGUCUGAGCUUUUAUCUACAGAGAGACUGACCAUCUUGGAGGGGUCGGUGGAGGAUCUUCUGGUAUCUACAGCUGACCCAGAUAAACCUGGAAGACAUAAAGUGUAUGGAAUACGCUUGGCUAAUGGAGGGGGUGAAAUCCAUUGCGGCUCUGUGGUUUUGACCACUGGCACUUUCCUGUCUGGUUCUCUCUUCAUGGGACAGAAUUCAUCUCCAGGGGGGCGAAUGGGUGAUCCUCCUUCCUGCGUUGGUCUCUCUCAUUGUUUGAAAGAGAUUUUGGGCUUGAAGGUUGGCCGACUCAGGACUGGUACUCCUCCCAGAAUCAUCAAAGAUACGAUUGAUUUCUCCCUCACCGAUAUUCGUUUGCCCGAUGAAAAGCCCACUCCGUUCAGCUUCAUUAACACACAAACAAACUGCAAGCCGGAGGACCAACUUCCAUGUUUUUUAACCUACACAACACCUGGAGUAGAGAGAGUGGUGAACGAGAGCAUCCAUGUGAACUCACACAUCCACCAAGACACUAAAGGACCCAGGUACUGUCCCUCCAUUGAGUCAAAAGUGUUGAGAUUUCCUGGAAGACGGCACCAGGUAUGGCUGGAACCUGAAGGUUGGAGUUCUGACCUCAUAUACCCUCAGGGUUUGUCCAUGACGAUGCCCCCUGAUAAGCAGCUUUGCCUCAUUCGAGAGAUCCCAGGUCUACAGCAAGCUCACAUUCAGACUCCAGGUUAUGGGGUGCAGUAUGACUUUGUCUGUCCAACACAACUCUACCCAUGGCUGCAAGUGAAAAGCACUCAGGGUCUCUUCCUGGCUGGGCAGAUUAAUGGGACAACAGGCUAUGAGGAGGCAGCAGCACAGGGUCUAUGGGCUGGAGUGAAUGCAGGAAGGACAUCUCUUUCCAAGAAUUCACUGUCUCUCUCACGCACUCAGAGCUACAUUGGUGUUCUCAUCGAUGAUCUAGUUGGUCGUGGAGUGACCGAACCAUACCGUAUGUUCACAAGCAGGGCAGAGUUCAGGACUUCACUUAGACCAGACAAUGCUGACAUUCGACUUACCCCCAGAGGUUUUGAGGAGAUGGGCUGUGUGUCUAAGCAACGCUAUACUGAAGCUCUUCAAGUUCAAGGGAGACUGAAUGAGGCCCUCUCUGCCCUGCAGUCUAUCUCACUACCUGCUGCUCGCUGGAGGAAUAAACUGCAACAUGUCAACAUCAGUGAAAAUAAGAGCACCAUUCUCAAUGGAGAGGAGGUGUUGCAGUAUAAAGAGGUUUCCUUCCAGAUGUUGGCAUCUGCCUUCCCAAAGCUGCUAUCCCCGUAUCAAGAGUUCUCAGAGAGAAUUAAAGUUGAAGCUUUAUACCGCCCUCACUGUGAAAAGCAGAGAAGAGAAAUGGAGCGAAUGCAAGUAGAGGAGAGUUUGUGUUUGCCUGAGGACAUUGACUACCUUACUCUCCCUGUGUCUCUCUCCAAGGAGGUCAGAGAGAUUUUGGAUAGAGCCAGACCAAAUACAUUGGGAGCAGCUACUCGUCUGCAAGGCAUCACCCCAGCAGCCAUAGUUCAUCUGCUCAACUACGUGCAGAGAGAAAAACAAAGGAAUCAGGGCACAGGAAAAGCUGUCAAUUGCUUUGGAUGAAAUUUUGCAUUACACU